AUGCAACGCUCGCCAUGCGCACAGCCCCAUCCCUCACCCGUAGCAAGUAGUCAUCAUCAACAUGAUGAUGAUGAUGAUCCGGAGGCGAUCCGUGUUCGAGAUAGAGUCCAACAGCACACCGCCACUUCAAUGUCUUCAGCCGACUCGGGCGUCCUUGACGCAACGGCGCCGAAGCUGCCUGCAUCACCGCCACCCGUCUACUGCGCCUUUCCGCCCGCCCGUCGCCGCUUCAUUCUGGCGGUAAUCACCUUGGCUGGGAUGCUUGGCCCCCUCUCUGGAGCUAUAUAUCUCCCCGUGCUGCCGCUGCUGGAAAGAGAAUUCAAUGUCGGCAGCACGAGCAUCAAUGCCACGGUUUCCGUAUUCAUGGUCACCUUUGCCAUUGCCCCAUUGUUCUGGUCCAGUUUUGCUGAUUAUGGCGGACGAAGACCGCUCUACAUUGUUUCCUUGGCCAUCUUCAUAGCCUCAAAUCUCCUUCUGGCGGUCUUGCCCAAAAACUACGGCGCCUUGUUGAUUCUGCGCAUCGUCCAUGCCUUUGGCUCCGCGGCCGUCGUUUCCAUGGGCGCAGGCACAGUAGCAGAUAUGACGGAGCCAAAGAAGCGUGCAAGUGCAAUGUCGGUAUUUCUACUCGGACCGCAAUGUGGUCCUGUCCUUGGUCCGGUGCUGGGAUCGGCCCUGGCUGGCCAGCUCAAUUGGAGAUGGAUCCCAGGCUUCCUAGCGGUGUUUUGCUUCGUCUUAUGGCUCAUCAUCGUGCUGAUGCUGCCCGAAACACUGCGAUAUCGCGUGGGCAACGGAGAGAUGUACAAGCAUCAAAGCUGGGUACUGCUUCCCCCAAGGCUGUCCUCCGCCAUGGUGCCGGAAUCCGAGCGUGGCCCCAAGCCCCCCAAGCCGACCUUGCUGGGAUACUGGAAGCUCUUCUCGUACCCCCCAAUUGGCAUCGUGACGGUCAACACCGCCAUUCUCUACUCAACAUACUUCGCCAUGGCGGUAGCACUGCCGCAUGCCCUGGAGAAUGUGUACCACUGGUCUACGACAGAGGUUGGUCUCGGAUACAUCGCCGUUGGCAUUGCCCUCAUGAUCGGUUCGCUCGUCGGGGGUAGGCUGAGCGACUGGCGUCGCAAGAACAAGGCAGCAGCGUCUUCGGAUGGAACGGUCGAGCCUGAAAGCAGGUUGUACGACCAGAUUUGGGGAGUGAUGUUGUGUGUGGCUGGCACAGUCAUGUUUGGGUGGUUUGUGCAAAACUCGCUGCAUGUUUCGUCUGUCAUAAUAGCGACCUUUCUGACCGGUUUCGGCAUGAGUUGGGUGUUCGUUGCAACUACUGCGUUUCUUGGCGAAUGUGCACCGCUACAGGCUGCUGGCGCCUUUGCUCUCGGCAACAUGCUUCGCAACCCCGGGGCGGCCAUUGCUUCUGUCGUGUAUCCUCCCUUGGUAGCGAGGAUGGGACUGGCGUGGUUCUUUACCGGCUUUGCCCUGCUGGAUCUUGUUGUUGUGGGAGGUGCAGUUAUAGUCUUGCGAGUCAAGGGCGAGCACUGGCGGAGGAAAAAGGCAGGCAGUGCUGCAAAAUAA